ACUCUCUACAAUACGUAAUCUCUCCUGGUAUAAAGGAAGGGAUCUUUCGUGCUAGAGUAAACAAAAGUGAGUUGAACCUCCUCACCUUGCUGCAUGCUAAGAACUAACAAACUCAAAGUAGCACUGAAUUUUGUGCACAGAGACAAUGGACUCAUCAUCCUCAAUGACACUAGAUUUCGACGAACCGGGUAAAAAGAAAAAAGUGGAUAUAUACAAGAUUCUUUGUGUGGUACUUUUUGUUGCCCUGGUGGCUAUGUCACUUGGAUUAGGUUUAGGGCUGGGACUGAAAAAGGACAAGAUUCAAGAACCAGCUUUAGUGACUUGCAGGAACAGAUGCUAUGACAAUUCUAUAAGGGAUGGUGACUGUCGCUGUGAUGCUCAAUGCAUAGACCAAGGGAAUUGCUGUUUUGAUUACUAUGACCUUUGCCAGAAGCCAAAGGAGGAGUGGACAUGCAGCAGAGUGCGGUGUGCCGAAAGGCGGAUAUCUGGUAGCCAUUGCUCUUGUUCAGAUGACUGCUUGGAGCAAGGAGAUUGCUGUACAAAUUAUAAAGAAAUUUGCAAAGGUGACACGCCCUGGGCAGCAGAUAAAUGUGAAACCAGUACUAAUGCCCAGUGCCCAGAAGGUUUUGACCUCCCACCUGUUAUCCUUUUUUCAUUGGAUGGAUUCCGUGCUGAAUACCUGCAAACAUGGGGUUAUUUAAUGCCAAACAUUGAAAAAUUAAAGAACUGUGGAACACAUUCAAAAUAUAUGAGAGCAGUUUAUCCAACCAAAACCUUUCCAAACCAUUACACUAUUGUUACAGGCUUGUAUCCAGAGUCUAAUGGUAUCAUUGAUAACAACAUGUAUGAUGUCAACCUGAACAAGAUUUUUACUCUUUCUGGGAAUGAAAAAUUCAAUGCAUCCUGGUGGCAAGGACAACCGAUUUGGUUGACAGCCAUGUAUCAGGGACGGAAAGCUGGCACUUUCUUUUGGCCUGGAUCAGAUGUCGCAGUUAAUGGUUCUUACCCAAACCUGUAUGAACUGUUCAACAGUUCUGUCAUUUAUGAGCAACGAGUAACUCGCAUAUUAGAGUGGCUUGAUCUACCAAAAGAUAAGCGGCCUGAUUUCUAUACAUUAUACAUCGAGGAACCCGAUUCUUCAGGCCAUUCAUAUGGACCAGUUAGUGGAGGUGUAAUUGCAGCUUUGUUACUUGCCGAUAGGACGAUGGGGAUGUUAUUAGAUGGACUUAAACAGAGAAACCUACAUAAUUGUGUAAACCUGAUUAUUCUUGCUGAUCAUGGAAUGGAAAAAACCUACUGUAAUCAAUUGGAAUACAUGACUGAUUACUUUGAUAAGAUUAACUUCUGGCUUUAUGAUGGGCCAGCUGCUAGGAUUCGUGCAUACACUGUUCCGGAUGACUAUUAUACCUUUGAUUCUGAAGGAACUGUGAAAAAUCUUACUUGCAAGAAACCGGAUCAGCACUUCAAGCCUUACAUGACUUAUGAUCUUCCUAAGAGAUUCCAUUAUGCCAACCACAUCCGCAUUGACAAAGUUCAUCUUUAUGUGGACAGACAGUGGCUGGCUGUGAGAGAUAAAGGUUAUACCUUCUGUGGAGGAGGAAACCAUGGCUAUGACAAUGAGUUUAAAAGCAUGGAGGCAAUAUUUAUAGGACAUGGGCCAGGAUUUAAAAGAGGAGUGGAAGUAGAACCAUUUGACAAUAUUGAAGUCUAUAAUUUAAUGUGCGAUCUGUUAAAAAUUCAACCAGCUCCAAAUAAUGGGACCCAUGGCAGUCUGAACCAUUUAUUAGCUCAACCCACUUACAUACCCUCUCAUCCAUUGGAGAAAUCAACCCCGUCAACCUGUUUAUUUUCACAGCCAACCUCCAAUUUAAGCUGUUCUUGCAAUUACACUGAAAGCGAAGAACUUCUGAAUCAAAGGCUAAAUCUCACAGCGGAAAGUUCAAUUCAGAAAGUGGCAAAAUAUUUACCAUAUGGAAGACCUGUAAAUACUGAAGAAAACAGCACUUAUUGUGUCCUUUAUCAAGAAACCUAUGUGAGCGGAUACAGCCAUGAUAUAUUGAUGCCACUCUGGAGCGCUUAUACCAUAGAAAAACAAGGGGCAACGUCACCUCUCCCACCCACACUUGAAGAAUGUCUGCGGUCUGAUCCCAGAAUCCUUGAAGCUACAAGCCAGAAGUGUUCAGACUACAAGCCAGAGAUGAGCAUUACCCACAGUUUCCUCCAUCCUCCCAUUUUCAACAACAGUGCGCUUGAGCAGUAUGAUUCUUUAAUCACAAGUAACAUUGUUCCUAUGUACAAGGAAUUCAAAAAAAUUUGGGAUUACUUGCAUACUGUGUUAAUGUUCCAAUAUGCUUCAGAACGGAAUGGUAUGAAUGUGGUUAGUGGGCCGGUUUUUGACUACAAUUAUGAUGGACAUGUUGACAGACUGAGUGAAAUAAAAUGGCAUGUUGAAGGUACUGAUAUCCCAAUCCCUACACACUAUUUUGUGGUGCUAACAAGCUGCAAUGAUACAACUCAUGAUCCUCUCAACUGUCCCAGCACACUUGAUGUCUUAUCCUUCAUAAUUCCCCACCGACCGGACAACACAGAGAGUUGUGCAGAUAAUAAACCGGAAUCAGAAUGGGUUGAAGAAAGGCUUCGUGCUCAUGCAGCACGUGUGAGAGAUGUGGAGCUACUGACAGGCUUGAACUUCUACCAGGGCAGAAAUCAGACCAUCCCAGAAAUAUUACAAGUAAAGACAUAUUUACCAACAUUUGAGACAGUCAUCAACUGAACAGAAGCAUGUUGCACUGUACAAGAAGCUUUAUAAAUGUUCCAGUACUGAUAUUCUUGAAAUCAUAUAAAGAAAUGCUGCUACUAGUCUUUAAUCCAGAAUAAUCCUUUCAGUAGGGUUUCAUUUCUGCCACAUGCACACAUGUUUCAAGAAGAAUGUGCAAGUAAUAUCCUGUUCCUAUACUGAUGUUAUUAUAUGACUUUGUAAUUAUGAUUCUCGAAUCUUCCUUCUUUUUGGUAUUAAUGACAAAUCAAUGAAAUUAUAUUUUUCUUCCUUA